AAAAAAAAUUACCACGAGCCCUCUCACCUGUACGGUUGAAGAUCCCAAAGCUCCUACAGAUAGAACGGUUUCUAGAACUUGAAACCCACAGCUUGGGAACUUGAAACGAGCCUGAGCCAUGGAGUCUCCCGCGAAGGAUUCCGUCAGAGCGGGUUUCCGCAGACAGGAGGUCCAGAAAACGACGUGGGACGUCCCGGAGCGGUACACAGCGCUGCGGCCGGUCGGCUCCGGGGCUUACGGGACAGUUUGUUCUGCCAUGGACCAGCAGAGCAAGGAGAUGGUGGCCAUCAAGAAGCUGUAUCGUCCAUUCCAGUCCCUCAUCCACGCCAAACGGGCCUACAGGGAACUGCGGCUGCUGCGCAACACACAGCACGAAAACGUGAUCUGCCUCCUUGACGUCUUCACGCCGGAUCCCACGCUGGAGAAAUUCCAAACCUUUUACAUGGUAAUGCCACUAGUAGCCCAGGAUCUGGGCCACAUUAUGAAGAAGCGGAGAUUAACUGAUCGCAUCAUCACAUACCUGUUCUACCAGCUGCUGAGAGGACUCAAGUAUAUUCAUUCUGCAGGGAUCAUUCACCGGGAUCUGAAGCCUGGUAACCUUGCUGUGGAUGAGAACUGUGAGUUAAAGAUCCUGGAUUUUGGCCUGGCUCGACACACAGAAAGUGAAAUGACCGGUUAUGUUGUGACACGCUGGUACAGGUCACCAGAAGUCAUCUUCAACUGGAUGCACUACAGCCAAGCAGUGGACGUGUGGUCAGCCGCCUGCAUCCUGGCUGAGAUGAUUACAGGCCAUGUGCUUUUCCCAGGACACGACAGUAUUGACCAGCUGACCAAGAUCCUCCAUCUGACAGGAACGCCAGACUCCUCCCUGGUCCAGAAGAUGCAGAGUAAGGACGCACAGUCGUACGUGCUUGGUCUUGCUCCGCAGAAGAAGAAGAACUUCAAGGAAGUGUUUGCGUCCAUGGAUAGAAACGCUGUCAGCAUUCUGGAGGGGAUGUUACUGCUGGAUCCGGAGACGAGGCUGACGGCGAAGCAGGGGCUGUCCCACCCUUUUCUGGCUGAGUACCAUGACCCGGAGAGCGAGCCGGACUCGGAGCCUUACGAUGACUCCUUCGAGAGCAUGGAGCUCGCCGUCGGGGAGUGGAAGAGUCUUAUCCACAUGGAGAUCAUGACCUUUGACCCUGACAACCCCAGUAAGACAGCCAUGUGAGACGGGACGUUCCAGGGCUCCCAAUGAUUGGUGAAGAUACCAGCGCCGAAGGCCAACAACACUGUCAGACUGAGCGAAACAAACAUGGAAAAACAUCAAAUUCACCUUGCCGUCUUUGAUAUUUGAUGCCCCACGACGGGUUGCUUGACUUGGUAUGGUGGCCUAAGCAGGACAGUAGAGAACACUCAGGUUACCUUCUCAUUGAGCUUGUUUUCAUUCUGUGAUAUUGAGGCAGCAGUAGCAGUUGGACUGCAUGUUGAAGUUUGUUAAAAACACGGUACCACUGACUUCUAAAAGGGACGUCUCGUCCUCAUCUUAUAAAAACAUUCCAAGUGUAAGAACUUCUCAGCUCAAGGUUACUUCUCUUGCAUCUCGUGGUUUCCAUGAGGAAAACAUUUCGCCUUUCAUUUGUGUGAAAUGUUAGAUGUUCGAUCCAUCUGCCGAUAGUCAGAUGAGGUUCAAUGUUAAGAAAAAAGUAUGAAAGGACCUAACGUUAGGAUUAUUUUGUAACGCUUCUAUUUCUAAGGUUAUGGGUGAACUCAUUAUUGCAAAAAAGUUGUGGAUUUCAGCAAAGUGGAUGGUAAAACAAAUGUGUGUGAAAAUAUCAGAGAAGGGAAUUAUCACACAUUUGAGUUGGGGGUCCACAAUGACACACACUAGUGACAAAGAGUCAUUAUAUCUUACUUUACAAGAAUAUUUUUUUUUUGCAACAUAUUCAUGACAUGAAAUAGGGUGUGUGUGCUUUUAUUUUUCAGUCAUGAUUUUUACUGCUGGAACACACAAUCUUUUUUAAAUAAAACCGAAAUUAACUCCGAAUCAUGAUGUUAUGAUUGAUUAGUCGAAGGGUUGGAGGUUAAAAAAGACCAGGCCACAGAAUCAUCACUAGAGGGCAGCGUUACAUCAUAGCAGAGAUUGUGUGUGAGAUUGAUCAAUUGAUCGCUAGGGAGAAAAUUGCUACGUCACAGUUGCUCUCAUGAGCAAAAGAACCUACUACACUACACUUCAAUCCUGAGAAGUGGGAUCUGUUAAGUGUCUUAAAGAAUAGAGUAAAAUAAAAUACAAAAAUAAAAGUAUCUCUGGCAACAUAUAGAAUAAACUGCACUAAUGUCA